AGAGGAGGAGGAGAAGAAAAAAGAAAAAGAAAAAAAAAAAAGAGUCUCCUGACUCCAACUAUGACAUAUUUAACCUCCGUUGCGUGCUCGUGAACAAAUCCUAGACGGAACUGUAAGAUGGAGGAUGGAGCGCUCGUUUUAGGGAGGGGUCAGGAGGUUAUUGAUACGGUUAAACCGAGGGGACUGUGGAAAGGCAUAAAUAGCUGCACGCAGUGAUAGAGUCUCGCAGUCUCUCUCAGACAGCCCAGGCAUAGGUGACCUCCACUUCUUCUGCAGAAAGCUCAUCAGUCUCUGCAAAGCCAAGAACCAGCAAUGGAAAAGAAGAAAACCAUCUGUAUGAGAUGCUGUCUGUGGUGCUUCGCCUUAAUGGUAACCCUGCUUAGUGGAAUCGCCACCAUGCCUGUGAGUGUAGUGGACUCGCAUUGCACUGCACCUUCAACAGCCAAAUACAGACUAACAUUUACAGGCAAGUGGAGCCAGACUUCCUUCCCCAAGCAGUACCCCGUUUACAGGCCUCCGGCUCAGUGGUCUCCGCUGAUUGGAGUAACUCACAGCUCAGACUAUCACAUCUGGCAAAAAAACGAAUACGCAAGUAACGGGGUGAGAGAGUUCUCUGAAAAAGGAGAGGCUUGGACUCUGAUUAAGGAGGUGGAGGCAGCUGGGGAGCGCAUCCAGAGUGUAUACGGCAUCUUUUCCACGCCAGCUGUUCUUGGAGGGACCGGCCAGACAAGCACGGAGUUUGAGGUGUACGCAAGGCACAGCUUUUUGUCUUUUAUCAUGCGGAUUGUCCCGAGCCCGGACUGGUUUGUCGGGAUAGACAGUCUUAAUCUGUGUGAUGGAGACCACUGGAAAGAAAACAUUAGCCUGACUCUGUUUCCUCAUGAUGCUGGCACAGACAGCGGCUUCACUUUUUCCUCACCCAAAUUUGAAACCAUUCCCCAGGACAAAGUCACACAGAUAACCUCAUCGUUUCCGAGUCACCCCGCCAACUCCUUCUUCUAUCCACGACUGAAACAUCUUCCCCCAAUAGCCAAGGUCACAAUCACCAAGAUCAAGAGCAAACAGAUCUUUAGUUUGCCGAUCGAGCCUACGCAAUCCAACCAAAUUCCCACUGGCAAUGAAAUAGACGAGUCUCUCAUAAAUACGCCUCUUGACUGUGAGGUGUCUGCGUGGUCACCUUGGGGUCUAUGCAAAGGUCAGUGUGGCGAGGAGAAAAAGAAAGGCGUGAGAUAUCGCACCCGUUACAUUCAUAUAAAGCCUGCUAACAACGGCUCUUCAUGCCCACCUCUCGAGGAGGAGAAAACCUGCGUACCUGACAACUGUGAGUGAGAGCCUGGCGCACAACCUCCAUCAGUUCAUUUCCUCCUUUUCCUUAUACAGUGCCGGUUCGAACGACAGAUUCUCAGUGACAGAAAUAACGCUUUGUAAGACUAUAGUGUAGUUAUAUAUGAAUCGUUUCUUAUGAAGAACAUUAUACACUGACGAAAAUAACCCACGUAAUAUAUUUAGGACACGGGGAUGGUGGGAAGCCAAAAAGAUCAUAAUCAUAAUCAUAAUAAAGUACCUCGGAUUAGAGGUGGGCGAUACGGAAAUGAUAUCAAGCGGAUUUGAUGUAAAAAAAAAAAAUGCAAAACUUGAAUUAGAAAAUUUAUAUUCCCUCAUUUUCAGUGUUAAAUUAUUUUCUGUAGAAAUAAAAUUCAAACUGUUUUUCAGGGUCUUUAUUGUAUUCGUAUGUUUUUUUUUUGUUUGUUUGUUUUUUGUUUUUUUUAGGAAACAUGUAUUGUCAUACAUGUUUUGUAUCAUAGAGUAUUUGAGUAUUGUGACAUGAUAUUCUUUUUCGCCCACCUCCACAUCAGCCCGAUAAAGCCAAAGUGAGUGUUUCAUGAUAUUAAAGUGUGACUUCACUGUGUCAUAUCAACACACAAGAACAGCCCUUUAUGAACUAUUUACUAUAAUGUUAACUUUACUACAAUUUUAGGUGUUUAAAAAUUUUAUUAUUAUUUUUUUUAAACCAACUGGUGCCCCCUGGUGGAACGGCAAAGAUACUACCCUUCCAUAUCAAGUCAAGUACUUAGCACUUGUUUAUAAUGCCUUCUGUGUGCUGAAUGUCUGUACAUUCAAUGCAACAAAUUGUACAUAUCAACUGUAAAUAUGAACAAAUAAACGGUUUCCUGUCAA